AUGGCCGACGAUUUCGCUCCCCCGUCGGGUCCCCCGCCUCCCAAGGCCCCCGAGGUUCCUCCCGGCUGGAUCGCUAGAUGGAACGACCAGUACAAAGAAUGGUUCUACGUAAACCUCCACACCAAACAAUCUCAAUGGGAUAAGCCGACAGAGCCUGCCCUCCCUCCCCCUCCCCCACCAGCAGAAGACGGGCACCCGGGCGGCCCCCCUCCGGGUUACGCCCCGCGCCCCGGCGACCACCCGACGCCGCCGGUCGACCAAAAGCACAACCCCUACGACCAAAAGGGCAACCCCUACGACCAAAAGGGCAACCCCUACGAGAACCAGUCCUCGACCCCGCAGCCGCCCGGCGCAGGCGGCUCCAACACAAUGUCCGAGGACGAGCGCCUAGCCCGCCAGCUCCAGGCCGAGGAGGAAGCUCGCGCUCGUAGCGGCGGCGGCGGCGGCAGCCACUCCCCUAUGCCGCCGGGCUACAACCUCCAGCAGCAGCAGCACCAGCAGUCGCAGUCGCCGUUCCCCGACCAGCUCCCGCCCCGCGCGCAAGAGACAAGGGGAAAGAGCUCCGGCGGCUUCUUGGGCAAGCUGCUGGGCAAGGCCAAGACAGGCGGCAUGGGCAGCUCGAGCCACGCCCAGCCGCAGUACGGAGGGUACCCACAGCAGCAAGGAUACGGCGGCUACCCGCCCCAGCAGCAGUAUGGCGGUUACCCCCCUCAGCAGCAAUAUGGCGGCUAUCCGCCUCAGCAGGGUUACGGAGGAUACCCUCAGCAGCAGGGCUAUGGCGGAUAUCCCCAGCAGCAGGGCUACGGCCGGGGCAUGGGUGGAAUGGGUGGAAUGGGCGGCGGUCGGAAAGCCGGCGGCGGCGGCAUGGGUAUGGCGGGCGGUCUUGCGCUCGGUGCCGGUGCCGGUCUGCUUGGUGGUGCCCUGAUUGCGGAUCACAUCAAUGAUGAGCAGCAGGAGGCGUACGCUGAUGGAUACAACGACGGACAGGACAAUGAUGAUUUCGGCGGUGGUGACGACUUUGGAGGUGACUUCUAA